AACCCGGAAGAGGUAGAGCCAGACCCACAUUUGGGAAAGAGACAAAAGGUGGGGGGGAAGAGUUUAAAGGGAGAAGGCAGAGGAGCAGCAGCAGCGCUGGAAGUCAUUCAGGAACCUUCCAGGCCCCUGGGGAGCGGAGUCUAAAGAACAGCCUAAUUUCUAAGAGGAAGGGGGGCCUAGGUUUGGUGCCCCCCCAUCUAGCAUGCUCUGGUGCCCUCGCUGAUUCUAAGCUGCCUGUUUUUCUCAUGAAGCCAAGCUGCCUUCGGAAACCCACAAUUGCACAAAUGGAGUGGCGUGCCAUCCACAAGCCAGUCCUCUUUGCCCACGUUUUGUCUUCCAGCUAGAAUUACCAGAAUGCUGUAAUUUUUUGUUUUCAUUAGCUUCUUCAUUGCACAAGGGACUCCUGUUAUAUUUCUCUGCUUUUUCCUGCUGCCAAAGCUGGGCACUUGUUUCUCCAAGGCGGGUGGAUCCCGUAAUGUAUUGACUGCUUUCCCGGAUCGCCGUGGGUUGCCUUCGCCAGACGGUGCCAUGUCAGGAAGCCCCGGACCUUUCUUGGCGUGGGCGCAAGAAGUAGCCACCCUGCUUAUGUUGAGGGUGCGCCGCACGGUCCUGCAGACGGCCAUUCUACUCUGCGUGCUGUUACUACUGCUGUGGAUCUCAAUCUUCCUUUACGGCAGUUUCUAUUAUUCUUACAUGCCUACGGUCAGCUACGUCAGUCCUGUGCACUACCAGUUCAGGACAGGUUGUGGCCUCCCAGGGCCUGAACUCUGCUCCUUUCCUGUAGCCAACAUUUCUUUCAUCAAGGACAGCCGUGACCAGGUUCUCAUGUAUGGCCAACCCUAUCGAAUUUCGCUUGAACUGGAAUUGCCCGAGUCUCCCGUCAAUCAGAAUCUGGGCAUGUUCAUGGUUGUGAUUUCCUGUUACACCAAAGGCGGUCGGGUCAUUUCUUCGUCGGCUCGAGCUGCCAUGUUACACUAUCGUUCAGGCCUGUUGCAGAUGCUCGACACGCUCGCUUUUGCUGGCCUCUUCCUAACUGGGUUUACGGAACAGAAACAAACUGUGGAAGUUGAGCUGUUCUCAGAUUACAAAGAAGAUUCGUACAUCCCAACCACUGGGGCAGUUAUUGAAAUCCAAACCACUAGAAUCCAGAUUUAUGGGGCGCAGCUGAGAAUCCACGCGCAUUUCACUGGAUUGCGGUACCUUCUUUACAACUUCCCCGUGACGUCUGCCAUUUUGGGGGUGGUAAGCAACUUCACUUUCCUGAGCGUCAUCGUCCUCUUCAGCUACCUGCAAUGGAUCUGGGGCAGUUUGUGGCCUAAAGAAACUCUCUCUGUCCAGAUACCUGGUCAGGAAAAAUCUGGAGCGGUACAAGUCUUGGAAGAUUCACGUCGACAGGUUCUGUUUCCUAAAGAUGCCUCUGAAGAGACUCCUCUGCCACAGCCAGAAGAUGUGGGAGUUGCUGAAGGAGAAAAAUUGCCCAAGACAGCUCCUACAACACAGGUAAAGAAAAGCAGCCUUGGAAAAUCGGAUUUUGGAACAGAAUCUAGCCUGGGCCCCAGCUCCAAUGAAGAGGCAGAUUAUGACUCUCUCGAUGAUGGUUCUCUGCUUGCUGAGGUCAACUUUCCCACCACUUCCCUGGAGGGGAAUGGCUCGGAUCUGCUGCCCCCCUUGACCAAGACCCUCAACCCAGGCUCAGAGAUCCGUCAGAGAAGCAGCUGCUCCAGUUCCUGAGCAGGCUUGGGUGCGAAUCAUGCCAGGAACCUCACUUUGCAGUCUCAGUAGCCCGCCACAGGCCUUCCUCUCCCGAGGGCUGCAUUUACUCCACGCUUAAUGUUUACAUUCCAGUACCUUCUCCUUACCAAGAAACACUGUAAGUUAAAUAAAAGUUGAACUACGAAUC